CGGCUCUCGGGCGGAAGCGCCCGCGGCUGGCGGAAGGCUAGCGCGAGGGCUCUGCCGGCGAGGCCGGAAGCCCUUGUAGGCUGCGAGCACCGGCGGGAGGCGGGGCUGCGGGCCGCAGAGGACGCGGUGCGAUACUUGCAGCUCCCUUGGCGGCGCCGAGGUCCUCCUCAGCCUCUCGGGCGGCCGGGGGCGGGGCGGCGGCGUCCUGAGCUCUGCUGACUGCUCUUCCCUCAGGUCUCGUCUGCCUUAGCGGUUCCGAAACUAGCCUGCGCGGUGUAGGGAUGGACGAGGACAACCUGGAGACUGCCCUGCAGACCUACCGGGCUCAGCUCGGGCAGGUAGAGCUGGCUCUUGGUGCUGGCCUGGACGCCUCGGAACUGGCGGACCUGCGCCAGCUCCAGGGCGACCUGAAGGAACUGAUUGAGCUCACCGAGGCCAGCCUGUUGUCGGUCAGGAAGAGCAAGCUGCUGGCUACAGUGGACCAGGAGCACCAAGCAGAGGAGGAUGCUGAGUACUUGGCUUUCCAGAAGGCUGUGGCGGAGGAAGGGGAGGCGCCCGUCGCCCCCGGGGAUGAUUCGGAGACGGUCUCUGGGAGCGAGGUGCGGCCGGGACCCACCUCCCCUGCACAGGAGGAAGCCGUGGAGGAUCCGGAUCAGGAGGAGCUGAGCGGCGCUAAAGUGAAUGCCCCUUACCACAGCGCGUGGGGCACGCUAGAGUAUCACAACGCAAUGGUUGUAGGCACUGAAGAGGCAGAGGAUGGUUCGGCCUGCGUCCGCGUACUCUACCUGUACCCUACCCACAAAUCCCUGAAGCCCUGCCCGUUCUUCCUGGAGGGAAAAUGCCGCUUCAAGGAGAACUGCAGGUUUUCCCAUGGGCAGGUGGUCUCUGUGGAUGAGUUGCGUCCUUUCCAGGAUCCAGACUUGAGCUUACUGCAGACUGGCUCUGCAUGUCUGGCCAAGCACCAGGAUGGCCUUUGGCACCCAGCACGGAUCACUGAUGUGGACAAUGGCUACUAUACUGUUAAGUUUGACUCACUGCUGCUGAAGGAGGCUGUGGUAGAGGGGGACAGUAUCCUGCCUCCCCUGCGCACCGAGGCUACAGAGUCAUCUGACUCAGACAGUGGUGAUGCAGCUGACUCCAGCUAUGCCAGAGUGGUGGAACCAAACGCCGAGAACACUGGGACCUGCAGUUCUGCCUUCGCUGGUUGGGAGGUGCACACACGGGGCAUUGGCUCCAAACUCCUCCUCAAGAUGGGCUAUGAGUUUGGCAAGGGUCUGGGGCGGCAUGCAGAGGGCCGAGUGGAGCCCAUCCAUGCCGUAGUGUUGCCUAGAGGGAAAUCACUGGACCAGUGCACAGAGAUACUACAGAAGAAGGCAAAGGGAGGCCAGGCUGGGACCAAUAGGCCUCCAAGAUGUCGGAGGAGUGGUGGUAGACCCGAGGGCCGCCCACCCCCUCGGAAUGUGUUUGACUUUCUCAAUGAAAAACUGCAAAGCCAGGCAUCUGGGACUCCAGAUGCUGGGGUGGACACUCCAGGGAAAAGGAACAAGGACAUGUAUCAUGCCAGCAAAAGUGCCAAACAGGCUCUGAGUCUGCAGCUCUUCCAGACUGAGGAGAAGAUUGAGCGGACCCAACGGGACAUCCGGGGCAUCCAGGAGGCCCUAACCCGGAAUGCUGGCCGGCACAGCAUGGCAACAGCCCAUCUUCAGGAGAAGCUGGAGGGAGCCCAGCGGAAGCUGGGUCAGCUGCGUGCUCAGGAAGCUGGCCUACAGAGGGAGCAGCGGAAGGCAGACACCCACAGGAAGAUGACGGAGUUCUAGCAGCCCUGCCUGUGUUGUGGACAGAGCCCUGGAACCAACUCCAAACUGCCUUGGCACAGAGACAGCUGUCACCCUGACACCUAAACAGCACAUGGAAGAGGGGCCAGCCCAUUCCUAGGCUGUCCCUUAUUGAGCCUUGUCAGCCUAAAGUGUAUGAGUGCUACUGAGCACGCAUGGGGCGUCAGGGUUGGUGUUUGAACGCUUUCUUGCCCAUCUACUGGUGUCUUGGGUUAUCUCCUUAGAGAGGACAUUAAAAUGGUUUCAUCAUUUCUCUCA